UGUCAUCGUUAUAGGGUUGUCUAUUGGGUUUGUCGUGAUGAAGAGAGUAUUUGUCGUUUCCGAGAAGUAUCAUAGUGGCGGAGGAACUGUCAAAUUCAAGUGGCAGAGAAAACAGGGCAACUUUCUAGCAACCACCGGCGCUAGUCGUACUGUAUUUGUAUUUGACCGACGAGGUGACAUCAAAGGAGAAAUCAGUCUGCCAGGAGUGUGUACAGGCCUGGAAUGGGAUAAAGAUGGAGACAUACUUGCAAUUAUACAGGACAAAUCGGGAAUUGUAUAUCUUUGGGAUGCAAACACACAUCGCACUACUCAACUGGACUCUGGAAUGAAAGAUCAGCUUACAUUUCUGACAUGGUCAAGAGUUGGUCCACAGUUGGCCAUUGGCACUGGUAAAGGUAACCUUCUGCUAUACAACCACCAAACAUCUCGCAAAAUUCCUGUGAUGGGAAAGCACUCAAAACGAAUUACUUGUGGAGCAUGGAAUGCUCAGAACUUGCUGGCAAUGGGCUCAGAAGAUCGGUCAAUAUCAGUAAGCACUGCAGAUGGUGAUGCAGUCAAUGUGGCAUCAGUGAGAGCUGAGCCAAGUGCUUUGCAGUUCUCGGAGAUGAAAAGUGAUGAAAAGAGUCCACGUGAGGAAAAUACGGUGAGUGCUAUAGUUGGAAAGAAGACAUUGUUUCUUCUCAAUAUUAAUGAUCCCGAAAGUCCAAUAGAACUGGCUUUUCAGAAUCGCUAUGGCAACAUUGUUUCAUAUCAAUGGUAUGGAGAUGGGCACUUGUUGAUUGGCUUUUCAAAUGGAUUCUUUAUUGUUAUAUCUACUCACAAGAAGGAGAUUGGUCAGGAAAUGUUCCAAGCUCGAAAUCACAAAGAUACACUAACAUCAACAUCAGUUUCUCUGACUCUUCAGAAAGUUGCAACAUGUGGUGACAAUUGCGUGAAAAUUCACGAUCUUGCCGACCUCAAGGAGAUGUAUGCCAUUAUCACAAUAGAGGAUGAUCAAAGCCGAGUUGAUAGAAUGGAAUGGACAGAUGAUGGGCAAUUACUAGCAGUUAGCAUGCAAUCAGGAAACAUUUUCACGUAUCUUACAAAAUUGCCUUUUCUUGGAGAUGCAUGUGGUACACGACUUGCUUAUCUUACUUCGCUGUUAGAGGUGACAGUGGCUAACGAGGUGGAAGAGGAGCCACCUGUGCGUGUCGAAUUGAAAAUAGAGCCUACCUUUGUGAGUGUUGGUCCUGAUCACUUGGCUGUGGGCAUGAACAAUCGGGUUUGGUUCUACUUGAUUGGUGAAGCAGGUCCUGAACUGCUCAGCGACAAAGAGUGUUUGGGAACUGUCAACAAGAUGUUGCUUGGUGGAGCAUAUGCUGCAGUCUUGUAUGACAACAAACUGCAACUGCACUUGAUUGAAGCAGAUUCCGAAACUGGAGAUGAUCGGGAGUCUCGCCUGUUUCCAGACAGAGGCAGUGGGAUUAACAUUACUUGUGCUGCACUUACGUCUGAAUUUCUCAUAUUUGGCUCUGAGUCUGGAAGUCUUCUUUACUUCUUCAUUGAAGAUUGGCAGUAUGUGAAUGAGUUUCGUCAUGUGGUUGGUAUUCGUGGGAUAUAUCCUGAUCCUACCGGCACGCGUGUUGUUCUUGUUGAUGACAAGAGUGAUGGCUUGCUGUAUAAUCCUAUCAAUGAUGCUAUUUUGGAAGUGCCCAAUUUUUCGCCUUCUACAAAUGGAGUUUUGUGGGAGAACUAUCCGCCUGACAGGGCUACCUUUUGUACAUUUGACUCUGAGAAGCUCUACACGUAUGCAUUCUAUAGAGACACGGUUUCAGGUCCACACUGUCAGUUGAUUGGCACUACAAAGCUGCCAUUUGCUUAUCAUCCGCUUAUGCUUCACAAUGGGGACGUCUCGUGUGUGACACAAAGUGGAAAGGUUGCUAACGUUCGUCUGUCUACUCACUCAUUCUUGACUGACCCUGGUGAGCUUAGUUCUCCUGAGAUGCGGACAGCAUUUGAGCAGUGUUUGCUCCUGAAAAGAUUUUCUGAGGCAUGGGCAUUUGCCACAGGUCUUAAUAGUAAGGAGGUCUGGUGUGACUUUGCCAAAGCAGCACUCCAUCACCUAGAUGUAGAAUUAGCAAUCCGAGUGUACAGACGUAUUGGUGAUGUGGGCAUGGUCUGGAGUUUACAAGGCAUUCAGGGAAUUGAAAACAAGAAUCUGUUGUCUGGAUACAUUGCAAUGUAUUCUGAAGACUUCAACCUGGCACAAGAACUGUUCUUGUCUUCUUCUAAGCCUGUAGCUGCUCUUGAGAUGCGACGUGAUUUGUUGCACUGGGAGCAGGCGUUGCAGCUUGCCAAUAAGCUUGCUCCAGAUCAAAUACCUUACAUCUCAAGACAAUAUGCUCAACAGCUGGAAUUUACUGGAGAUUAUUCUGGAGCUCUGUAUAACUAUGAAACUGCUAUCACUAAGAAAUCAGAGGAUUCACAUCAUGAUGAGUCGUGUCUGGCUGGUGUUGCUCGUACGUCUAUUCGUAAUGGAGACAUUCAAAAAGGUGUAAGCCUUGCUUUUCGGAUCAACAACAAACAACUUCACAAAGAUUGUGCUAACCAGCUAGAGGACAUGAAGCAAUAUGUGGAAGCUGCCACACUGUAUGAAAAGGCACAAUGCUAUGACAAAGCUGCAGCAUUGUAUAUAAAGUCCAAGAACUGGACAAAGGUUGGUGAGUUGUUGGGAAAUGUGACAUCACCGAAGAUACAUGGUCAGUAUGCUAAAGCUAAAGAAGCUGAUGGGCAGUACAGAGACGCGGCAGCGGCAUAUGAAAAUGCGAGAGACUAUGACAGUGUGAUCAGAGUUAACCUCGACUUUUUAAACAAUCCCGAUGAAGCUGUCCGGAUAGUGAGAGAGACUCAAUCUGUUGAUGGAGCAAAGUUGGUUGCGAGAUACUUUGAGAAGCUGGGAGACUUUUCAUCAGCCAUGGAGUUUCUUGUUUUAUCUAAGUGUAGUGAUGAAGCGUUUGCAAUGGCACAGGCACACAGGCAAAUGGAACAGUAUGCUGAGAUAGUUGGUGACGAAGCAUCAGAAGAUGAAUACUUGGCAAUUGCUGACUAUUUUGUGACAGCUAAGCGUAUGUUUAAUGCUGGAAAGUUUUUCCUCAAAGCUGGCCAAUAUGCCAAGGCCGUUCACCAUUUGAUCCUUCCAACUGUUGGUGAUAAUAGCAAGAAUAUAGAGUUGGCAAUAGAGGCAGUUGGUCAAGCACAAAACGAGCAGCUUACGUAUCAACUCAUUGAUUAUCUGAUGGGCGAAGCAGACGGCUUGCCAAAGGAUGCAAAGUAUUUGUUCCGCUUGUACAUGGCUUUACAACAAUAUCGUGAAGCUGCACGAACAGCCAUCAUUAUUGCCCGUGAAGAUCAAAACUCAGGUAACUAUCGUCAAGCACAUGACGUGUUAUUCAGCAUGUAUGAAGAGCUCAGGAAACACAAAAUUCGAAUUCCUAAUGAGAUGGAACAGAACUUAAUGAUGCUUCAUAGCUACAUACUCGUCAAGGUGCAUGUUAAACUGGGUGACCAUCGUAUGGCUGCAAGGAUGCUAAUCCGGGUAGCAAACAGUAUCAGUAAGUUUCCCACUCACGUAGUUCCAAUAUUGACGUCUACUGUCGUUGAAUGCCAACGAGCUGGAUUGAAGAACUCUGCGUUUGGUUAUGCUGCUAUGCUGAUGAGACCCGAGUAUCGGCAAAAGAUUGAUGCCAAAUAUAAAAAGAAAAUUGAGCAGAUUGUGAGGAAACCCGACAAAAGUGAAGACGAAGAACCAUCGACUCCAUGCCCUUUUUGUGGCAACUCAGUUCCCGAGACAAAGCUCUACUGUGCAGAGUGCAAGAACAAUCUUCCGUACUGUAUAUUCACAGGACGUCACAUGGUGAAAGAGGACUGGACAAUUUGUCCACAAUGUGAUUUUCCUGCUCUCCACUCAGAAUUUGUUAGAUACUCUGAAACGGAUGGUGCCGUUUGCCCAAUGAACGGCAAGCCUUUGUCUUGUAAAGAAAUCAGUCUAGUUGCUGAUCCAUCUUCUUACUUGAAGGCAAUGACGGAAGUGACUGAAGAAUAGCCAUGCACAGGCGAGUUUCAUGGCAAGAUACUUUUUAUAUCAUGUGCAACAUGUAUACUAGGAAGACUAAUCAGUCAAUCAAUAAACAAGUUUAAUUAAUAGACCAGUCAUCUAUUCAUUUAUAUCAGGAAUGGAAUAGUGUUUCACAUU